AUGUCUACCAUGAAUGAAAACAGUCAAUAUUUAAAAAAUUUAAAAAAGUGUUCAAAUGAUCAAUCAUUUCACUUUUGUGAAGGACAACUAUCGAAUUCAUUUGAUUUAAUUAAUUCACUUGAUUCAUCAUUGCACUGGACCAAUUUAACAUCAUUAAAUUUAUCUUCAAACAAACUACGUGACAUUACACUCUUAAUAAAUGCUGUUAAAUUAGAAAUUUUGAAUCUGUCAAAUAAUUUCUUAGAUGAUAUCUCUUCAAUAAUUAGUUGCGAAAAACUAAUCAGCUUGGAUUUUUCAAUGAAUAAUAUACAUGAAUUACCAGAAUUAAAUAAAUUGCCAUUUUUGGAGAGAUUAAAUGCAUCUCAUAAUCCAUUAGCAAGUAUUUCUGGUUUAUGGGGAUGUAUGAGUUUACGAUGUUUGGAUUUGACGUCUUGUCAAUUAAGUUCCUGUUUAUUAACAGGAUUGAAUGAAGAUGAAAUCCAACUUGGUUUAAUUGAUCCUUUGGAGAGAAGCAACAACUUGUCGACAUAUUUAAAACAAAGAAAUUUAUCUACUGUACGUCCAACAUUCUUAGGUAUCCCACAUCUACGUAUACUCAACUUAAGUUAUAAUCCGAAAAUUUCUCAUGCUAUAAGUAUUCAAUUAACUUCAAAUGAAUGGCAUUCUAUACAGAAAGCCUUGUAUGAUAAAAAUUUCACAGGCAAUCAACAUCACAGCGAAAGUUCAUUGUUUAAUGAAUCCACAAAAGAUUUAAAAUCUAAUGAUUCGAGUGGUUUUGGACUGUUGCCGUAUAAAAUUCAACAUUUAAAUUUACAAGCAUGUGAUAUUCAUGCUCUCGAUGGUCUAACAUUGAUGAAACGUUUACAUACUCUCAAUUUAAGUCAAAACCAAAUUAUAGAUCAUCAAACUUUGAUGCCACUUAAAUCAUUAACAUGUCUACAGAAUUUAAAUUUGAAGAAUAAUCCCAUUUGUGAUCAAAAUAAUUAUUUUGGAAAGAUUAUUUUUAAUUUGAAACAUUUGAAAAUCUUGGAUGAUCGUCAUGUGUCAAUUAAAGAUAAAGUAAGUGAUAAUUUUGAUGAUGAUGAUGAUAAUUAUUAA